CAGCUGUGUUGUCAAGAGGGCUGAUCAUAAUUAAUUAUCUAUGGCCACCUCUUCUCUCUUGUCUUGUGUGUGCUGGGAAUGGCGGCGUGACGAUGGCGGCUUCUCUCCAUACCCUCCAGAUAUAUCCAACACUAUAGAGGGGGCCAGUGCCAGAGGACAGACCACUGUGUCCCUGCCCAGCUACACUGUGGAUAUCGGAAAAUUGUUGCAGCGCAGUGCCUCCUCAGGGCACAGUCGAGCUAUUCGUAGGACAACGCUGCAGCUGUACAGUAGACAAUCAACGGCUGCCUACUGGACGUGGGAGGCACAACCAUCACAAUUCGUUCCUUAUGAAACGAAAACCUCUAUCAUCAUUGAAGAAGCUCACUUAAGCAGAUUGACUUCCAUCAACCUGUUUGGUACAGCUGUGGCACUGCCCUACACAAUAGACUUUCAUAGAAUGGAACAAACUCGUCAUUCGUACAACACCAAGCGUAAGAUCCGUCGAUGUCCACUCACCACGGGAACAGUACAGUAUCUGCUAGCACUACCCCUCACCUCUCUAUCAGUGCUAUCCCCCACCUCUCACUGUACAAUGGUUACACGCUCUAUAACCACACCCACAUCCUCUUUCGGGAAUUCCACUGGAGCAGUAAUGUACACGGGAACAACUGCUAAAUCUCCAAAAAAAUCUGGAGCCAGAAAAAAUACGAAGGUGUCUUUAACCUCUACGAAGGCUGCUGUUAAAAGUGCAACCGCUACUACCAAGAUCCCUGGAACUGUUAAUAAGAUAAAGAAAAGUGGAAAAGCUCCGAGUUCUAAGAAAGCACGUGGGAGUGUUGUGGGUGUGGCUAGAGGACGGAGUGUACUAGGAUUAGAUGAUCGGUUCAGUGACUAUGUGAGGGUGGUGGAUUGGGUGAAGCACGAAAAGGAUGAGCCGUGCCCAAUCUGUAUGAACAAUCUGACUGAGGCCCCUGGGUUUGAGGACGAUACUACCCCCUCCAUUUCGCUACCCCCCCUCGAUGUCUGUAAGCUACGAAAGUGUGGUCAUAUGCUUCAUCGACCCUGUCUACUCAUGUACAUCAAGAGCACUGGCACUCGGUCUGGGUUCCAAUGCCCCACGUGUAAGAAGUCGUACGGAAUCAGGACUGGAGAUAUGCCCUCAGGGACGAUGAAUGUUUCUACGAGACCAUUCUCUCUGCCAGGGCACGAGGGCUUCAGCACUAUUGAGAUCACAUACAACUUUAAAGCUGGAGUGCAAAAUGGCAGAAGAUAUCGAGUGAAUGGUUUCCCCAGGACAUGCUAUCUCCCUGACUCACCUAAAGGACAAAAGGUGUUAGCACUACUACGUAUUGCCUGGGAACGCAAGCUGACGUUUACUAUAGGGACCAGCGUUACCACAGGUGCUACUGACACACUGGUAUGGAACGAAAUACAUCACAAGACAGAGACUAAUAACUACGGUGGCCAUGGUUACCCGGACCCAAACUACCUGGACAAUGUUAUGCUGGAACUGGCAGCUCAAGGUGUGGAGGGGGAGGGCAGUGAGUGUGUGGAGGAGUGUGGGAGUGAGGACGAACCUUUCGUGAUAUCCUCAGACAGUGAUGACGAACUAUAACACUCAAUAGAUUGUCUAAAACGUACUGCUCAAUUUUGUUCUCUACUUUAUGUGAUUGAUUUAUUAUGAAUAUAGCUACCUUUAAGAAAACAGA